UUCGGUGUGAGUUUCUACGGUUCUUUUCUUCUUAGUAUCAUUAUAUUUAAACGUAAAAAGAGACAGUGACGUCUCUGAAAGGUUAUGCAGAAAGAUAACACGUUUAUUUAUUUAAAUGUAGCCGCGGUUAACUAGAGAUGGCUGGAGGACACAUGGAGGCAAUGAGGAGGAUCCUGGUCUACGUCCGGAAGGACGGAGCGUCUCCACGGAGAGCACAGUUCAUCCAGAGUUUAACGAGUCUCUUCUGUGACGGAGGUGAUGAUGAGGUGGAGGUCAGCUGUUUUCUGGACAGAGACAAGUUCAUCGUUCACAGAGGAGACGGAGAAACUCGAGUUCAUCUGAAGAGACCUGCCUUCUGUCCCAUCAAACACCUGUCAGUCACGGAGGCCGCUGCAAUCCCAUUGGACGUCCGGCAGCGCGGCGUGGACGUGGGUGUGGCCAUCCUCCUGCAGACAGCCAAUCAGAGAGUGCUUCUGACCCGGAGGGCCAAGGAGCUUCGGAUCUUCCCCAACGUCUGGGUUCCUCCAGGCGGCCAUGUUGAAGGGGGCGAGACGCUGCUGGAUGCAGGACUCAGGGAGUUAAAGGAGGAAACUGGACUCAAACUGGAGCCUGAGGAAGUUUCUCCAGCGAUACUGGGGCUGUGGGAGUCGGUGUUUCCUCCCAUGUUGUCCAGAGGACUUCCUGUGAGACAUCACAUCGUGGUCUACAUGUUGCUGCACUCGUCCCUCUCUCACCAGCAGCUUCAGGCCCAUCUGAGCCCGUCCCCCGCUGAGGUCAGUGCUUGUGUUUGGGCCGACAGCCGGCUGGUCAGAGCCGUGGUGUCGGCUGUGGACGGGGACGGAGACGGAGACGGAGACGUCCCAGUGGACGACCUGCCGAGCAGCAUCAGUGUUUCUCAGGUGUCUGCAGACGGAGCUCUGACCGACUCCUCCCUCCCUCUGGCGGUUUUUAUCAAUCGGGCCCCGGCCAGCGGUCCGGACGUGGAGCGGGUCAGCACCGGCACCAAGUUCGCCCUGGAGCUGUGGCUGAGGAGACUGGAAAGACCCUGACCCCUGACCCCUGACCCCUGACCCCUGGAUCAGACUUUCAUUUAAUCUGUCAUGAACGUUGUUGCUGCUUUUCUAAAUUAAACUCAGAUUCUGUUCA